CCCUAUUCUGACUUAUGGUAGGGAGAAGGAGAGGCUGCGUCUGGAGUAGUUAGUAAGUCUCUCAUUUUUUAUAUGAAACGUGAAAUUCUUCACCUCUUAAAGUGUGCUUUAGUUUGGGCCUGAUGUUAGAUUUCCAUGGCUCUCCAUUGCAUUUUUUAAAUGUUUGAGAUAUUUUCUAUUAGUAAUCAUUUUAUAGGUGGAGCGAUGGCUACCUUGUAGUCCAUGGUUUCUAAGUAAAUUAUUUUAUUGAGUAGUCUUCUUUAGUAUAGAUGACCUCUUUGCCAUCUCUCUUUGCUAAUAAUGAUUCCCAAUGUAUUAGUAGGUUGUACACUACUGAAAGCAUCCUUCAGAAGUUCUUAAAGAGCAGAAAACAAAUUGGGUUAGUGCAACACAGCCCGCCUUGAGAGACUUCUCUCUGAGCUGGAAUGAUAAUGACAGAAUCCCGGGAAGUUAUAGACUUAGACCCUCCAGCUGAUACUUCACAGGGGCAGGAAGACCUUCUAAUAGUGAAGGUGGAAGAAGAAGACUGCACGUGGAUGCAGGAGUACAAUCCGCCAACGUUUGAGACUUUUUACCAGCGCUUCAGGCACUUCCAGUACCAUGAGGCUUCAGGACCCCGGGAGGCUCUCAGCCAACUCCGGGUGCUCUGCUGUGAGUGGCUGCGGCCAGAGCUGCACACCAAGGAGCAGAUCUUGGAGCUGCUGGUGUUGGAGCAAUUCCUAACCAUAUUGCCUGAAGAGUUCCAGGCCUGGGUGAGAGAACGUCACCCAGAAAGCGGAGAAGAGGCGGUGGCUGUGAUAGAAAAUAUACAGAGAGAACUUGAGGAACGGAGACAACAGAUUGUUGCAUAUCCUGAGGUGCUUUCCCAGAAGAUGGUACCACCUGGAGCAGUGCAGGAGUCCUUCAGUCACCAGCUCCUGGCCGUGAACACCCAGCCUGAACAAGAGCCACAGAAGCCUCAUCUUCUGGAGGAAAACGCCCUUCCUGUUCUCCAAGUUCCUCCCCUUCCCCUGAAGGACAGCCAGGAGCUGACAGCUUCACUUCUCUCAGCUGGGUCCCAGAAGUUGGUGAAAAUUGAAGAUGUGGCUGAUGUGGCUGUAUCCUUCAUCUUGGAGGAAUGGGGACAUUUGGACCAGUCCCAGAAGUCCCUUUAUAAGGAUGACAGGAAGGAGAAUUAUGGGAGUAUUACUUCCAUGGAUUAUAAGUCCAGGGACAACAAUAUGGAGCUCAUAGUAAAACAGAUUCCUGUUGAAGCUGAGUCACACUGGAUGGCAUCUGGAGGCACUGAAAGGAACGUUCCCCAGAGUCAAGAGUUUGCAGAAGUUAGUGACCUUAAGGGCAUGGUACAAAGAUGGCAGGUCAACCCCACUAUGGGGCAGUCGAGGCAGAAUCCUUUGCAGAAAAGAGAUCUCGGUGCUAUCCCAGACAUUACCCGCAAGCAGAACACAAAUGGUGAGCGAGGUCACAGGUGUAACGAUUGCGGGAAAUUUUUUCUUCAAGCCUCAAACUUUAUUCAACAUCGGCGAAUCCACACUGGCGAAAAACCAUUUCAGUGUGGCGAAUGUGGGAAGAGCUACAACCAGCGCGUGCACCUCACUCAGCAUCAGAGAGUGCACACGGGUGAGAAGCCCUAUAAAUGCCAGGUGUGCGGAAAAGCUUUCCGGGUGAGCUCCCAUCUCGUGCAGCACCACAGCGUCCACAGCGGAGAGCGGCCCUACGGCUGCAGUGAGUGCGGGAAGAACUUCGGCCGGCACUCCCACCUGAUCGAGCACCUGAAACGCCACUUCAGGGAGAAGUCCCAGAGAUGCAGCGACAAAAGAAGUAAGAAUACAAAAUUGAAUGUUAAGAAGGAAAUUUCAGAAUUUUCAGAAGCAGACAUGGAACUGUCUGGAAAAAUCCAAAGAAAUCUUUCUCAGGUUCAGGAUUUUGAAGAAGGCUUUGAACACCAAGGCAAGGUGGAUAGAAAGCAGGGGAUUCCCAUGAAGGAGAUACUAGGACAGUCCUCUUCAAAGCGGAUGAAUUACAGUGAAGCCACGUAUGUCCACAAAAAAUCCUCCACAGGAGAGAGACCACAUAAAUGUAAUGAGUGUGGAAAAAGCUUCAUUCAGAGUGCACAUCUUAUUCAACAUCAACGAAUCCACACUGGGGAGAAACCAUUUAGGUGUGAGGAAUGUGGGAAAAGCUACAACCAACGUGUGCACCUGACUCAGCAUCAGCGAGUCCACACGGGUGAGAAGCCCUAUACCUGUCAUUUAUGUGGGAAAGCCUUUAGAGUGAGGUCCCAUCUUGUUCAGCACCAGAGUGUGCACAGUGGGGAGAGACCCUUCAAGUGUAAUGAAUGUGGAAAAGGCUUUGGGAGGCGCUCACACCUUGCUGGACACCUGCGACUCCACUCAAGAGAGAAAUCCCAUCAGUGUCUUGAAUGUGGAGAAAUAUUUUUUCAAUAUGUUAGCCUCAUUGAACAUCAAGUGCUCCACAUGGGUCAGAAAAGAGAAAAAAAUGGCAUUUGUGAGGAAGCAUACAGUUGGAACUUGACAGUGAUUGAAGAUAAGAAGAUUGAAUUACAAGAGCAGCCUUAUAAGUGUGAUAUAUGUGGAAAAGCGUUUAGUUACAGUUCAGACCUUAUUCAGCAUUACAGAACUCAUACUGCAGAGAAAACCUAUAAAUGUGAUAUCUGUAGAGAAAAUGCUGGCCAAUGUUCCCACAUAAAACAACAUCAAAAAAUCUGUUCCAGCACGAAAUCCCAUCAAUGUAGUGAAUGUGGAAGAAGCUUCACUCUGAAGUCACAUCUCAAUCAACAUCAGAGAAUCCACACUGGUGAGAAGCCCUUUCAGUGUAAAGAAUGUGGAAUGAGUUUCAGUUGGAGUUGUAGUCUCUUUAAACAUCUGAGAAGCCAUGAGAGGACAGAUCCCAUAAAUACCUGAGGUUUAUAGGUAUUUCUAUUAUAAAACAACAGUUACUCAAUUUUAGAGAAGCCUUCCUGAAGAGAAGCUCCUAUAAUGAAUGUAAUAACAGCUUCAAGAAUUUUUCCAACUUAACCACCAAAUCUACAGCUAUGUUGAAAACCUUCAGUUAGAACUCAGCCUUUAGCAACACUGCGGAAUCCACAAUAAAUAGAUACCUGUUCACUUUCCCCUUUGAGAAAGCAUCUUUAUGCUUGGGAAUUGAGGCAAAAAGAGAACCUAAGGACAUGGUGGAUGAAGGAAAGCCUUCAGAUGACACUCCUUUUUCAUUUGAAAUUCAGACAGUUGACACUGGGAAAGCCUCAUGAAUGCAGUAGGAAUAAGCUUUAUUUGUAGUUUCUGCCUUGUUUGACAGCAUAUCUAUUCAGGGAAGAGCGCAGUGAAAGAAAGAACUCUUUAGCAUGAUAUAUCUGUUUUGGUACCUCAGCAAUGAACCUUUUCUAGAAGCGAUUAUCCCAACGACUAGGAUACUCUAAUCAUCAUUCUCAUCUUGAGUAUUAAACCCUUUGAAAAGAAAUU